CGCCCGUUGUCACCCGAGAACACGCAGGGGCAAUGAUGGCGGCUUUCAGUGUGGCUCGAAGCAGCUGCGGAUUGAUAAACGGGUUGAGGACAUCUUUCAGGAGCUUGGCGCCGGUGAAACAUGGCGCCGUCGCGGCUGCGGUGCCGCAGACGAACCUACGACGGGACUGUCGCUGGUAUUCUGUCAGCCAUUUGUCCGUUAAGGAGAGGAUUGACAAGAAACGGACGGCGGCGCUGGUCGGGGGAGGUCAGAAGAGAAUAGAUGCACAACACAAAAGGGGUAAGCUGACAGCCAGGGAGCGAGUGGAGCUUCUGCUGGACCCCGAGUCCUUCGUCGAGUCGGACAUGUUCGUGGAGCACCGCUGCUCCGACUUCGGCAUGGAGCAGGAUAGUAACAAGUUCCCGGGUGACAGCGUUGUGACAGGCCGAGGCAGGAUCAAUGGCAGGCUGGUUUACGUAUUCAGUCAGGACUUCACAGUGUUUGGGGGCAGUCUGUCUGGAGCUCAUGCACAGAAGAUCUGUAAGAUUAUGGACCAGGCCAUGACAGUUGGAGCCCCGGUGAUCGGGUUGAACGACUCUGGAGGUGCUCGGAUCCAGGAAGGAGUGGAGUCUCUGGCCGGAUAUGCAGAUAUAUUCUUGAGGAACGUCUUGGCUUCAGGAGUCGUCCCUCAGAUCUCCCUCAUUAUGGGUCCCUGUGCAGGAGGUGCUGUCUACUCCCCGGCCCUGACAGAUUUCACCUUCAUGGUCAAGGACACCUCAUACCUCUUCAUCACAGGACCUGAUGUUGUGAAGUCUGUCACCAACGAAGACGUGACUCAAGAGGAGCUUGGCGGAGCCAAAACGCACACCACCGUGUCCGGUGUGGCCCACCAUGCAUUCGAGAAUGACGUUGAAGCCUUACUCAACAUGCGAGAGUUCUUCAACUUCCUGCCGCUAAGCAACCAGGAUCCUGCCCCCAUCAGGGAGAGCCACGACCCCAGCGACCGUCUGGUACCUUCAUUGGACACCAUCGUCCCGUUUGAGACAACUAAAGCCUAUGACAUGUUGGACAUCAUUCAAACAAUAGUGGAUGAGAGGGACUUCUUUGAGAUCAUGCCCAACUACGCCAAAAACAUUGUAGUGGGAUUUGCCCGCAUGAAUGGACGCACUGUAGGCAUUGUGGGUAACCAGCCCAAAGUGGCUUCUGGUUGUUUGGACAUCAACUCCUCAGUGAAGGGAGCUCGCUUCGUACGCUUCUGUGAUGCUUUCAAUAUUCCCAUCAUCACCUUCGUGGAUGUGCCGGGCUUCCUGCCAGGUACUGCUCAGGAGUAUGGCGGCAUCAUCAGACACGGAGCCAAACUGCUGUAUGCCUUCGCAGAGGCCACCGUCCCGAAAAUAACAGUCAUCACCAGAAAGGCGUACGGUGGAGCCUACGACGUGAUGAGCUCCAAACACUUGAGAGGAGAUGUGAACUACGCCUGGCCCUCAGCUGAGGUUGCUGUCAUGGGUGCCAAGGGCGCUGUUCAGAUUAUCUUCAGAGGAAAAGAGAACCAGGCUGAGGCAGAGGCUGAAUACGUGGAGAAAUUCGCCAACCCCUUCCCAGCUGCCGUCAGAGGUUUUGUGGAUGACAUCAUCGAGCCGUCGACCACUCGCAAGAAGAUCUGCAGAGAUCUGGAGGUGCUGGCCAGCAAGAAGCAGGUCAACCCCUGGAAGAAACACGCCAACAUUCCUCUGUGAAACACACCCAAAACUGUUUCCACAUUGACACUAGCUGAAGGCACUUGCUGUGGGAUUUUCCUGAUUAUUGACUUCAUAUUCAAAUGAACUGCGGUGGUACCUUGUGACAACGACUGAGCAGAUGUCUUUUGUCAUAUUUAACCACUCCACUGAAAGCAGAUGUAAAGAUCAGUCCCUGAUUUUGUAAGGGCUUAAUAGCAGUUCCCCGAAUGUCCUAUCAACUCACUGCUUAUGUGUUGAACUAUAAAGUGUGUUAAAUUUGGGGAAAACAUUGGUGCUCUGUAAACAAAAUCAGCAUGUGUAUCUUUACAUCUUUAACACCAGUAAGCAAUAGGUUAAUAGGAAAAUCCUACAUUUUUAUUGAACAGUAUACAGUGGUCACACACAUUAAUCAUCACGUCAGUAGUGGCCAUAUUGGUCACUGUUGUUGGUAUGAUUGGACAUUUUGAGAACAAGAUUGUAUCUGAAAGGGCAGAUUACGUAUUGUUGAGCAGCUGUCAACACGAUAGUUGUUGUGCAAACAUACUGUAGUCUGCUGCCAUGUACAAUGUUUCCAGAGUCAUCAAUGUACUGUAUUUAGUUCUUAGUGUUUCUGGUGUUUGUGUGUGUGUGUAUAGUAGUUCUUUCAGACUCACUCCCUGUGUUUGAUGUUCUCCGUUAAGGUCAAGAAAGUCAUCCUUACAACUGUGCCUUCUCUCUCUCUCCGGCAGGCUCUGCCAUUUGUAAAAUAAAUCAUGGACUUGA